AUGUUGGCGUUCUGUAUUAAUUUGUAUCGUAGUAAUUAUGUUGGUGUUCUUUAUUUGAAGGGUGAAUUGUUGUUGUUGGAGAAGAUUGAUAUUAUGCAAAUGGAAACAACAGAAAGCGUUAUAAGGGGCAGUGAGGUUGUUGUUGGUGAUUGUGGCAGUGGAGAUAAGUUUCGGAGUAACGUCCAUAUGGAGGAGGGUACAGAAGACAUAGAUGAUGCAGGUAGUUGUGCACUUGACAUGGAUGUUAGUGGAGUUAAGUCUCGGGGUAACGUCCAUAUGGAGGAGGGUAUAGAAGACAUAGUUGUUGCAGGUAGUUGUGCAGAUGACAUGACUGUGGUUGGUAGCAACGAAAUAGCUGUAGUUGUUGAGGAGCCUAAGGAAGGGAUGGUUUUCCAGUGUUGGCAACAGGUUGAAGCCUACUAUAAGGACUAUGCUGAGCAGACGGGGUUUGGAGUGACAAGGGCUCAAGGUGUAAAUUCUAAGACGGGGGACCCAAAAAAAAUCAAAGUCACGUGGAAGUGUGAGUGCUGGGGAAAACCCGACAUGAGGGCUAGGAGGGAAGCGAAGAAGAGGGCAAAGGCAAUGAGCCAUGGAGGUUCAGGUGGUUUAGUUGAUGGGGUGGUAUGUGCGGAUGAAUUAAGUGGUAUGAAGAGGACUUCGAAAAAGUGCGAAUGUCAGGCCCGUGUUUAUGCUAAAGUUAACGAAGAUGGCUUGUGGGAGUUGAAGAGCGUGGAACUAAAGCAUAAUCACGCGAUUGAUCCGGCAAAUUAUAAGCUUGUUAAGGAGUACCGCAUGAAGCAAAUGACCUGCAAAGCGAAGAAGACGCUGUCAGAUUUGUACGAGCAAGGUGUACCGGUUUCUCAAAUACACGGUUUCAUGGCGACCGAACGGAAGGGUAGCAUGGAUCUGACGUUAAAAGAUUUACAACAUGAGGUGUACAAGGCUAGGUGGUUGAAGAUGGUUGGAGGGGACUCGGUGGCAAUGAUGGAGUACUUUGACAAAAUGCAAACCGGGAACCAAAAUUUUUUCCAUGCUCAACGUUUGGAAGAAGAAGGGAGGCUUAAGGAUGUGUUGUGGGUGGAUGCAAGAAGUAGGGUAGCUUAUGAGGACUUUGGUGAUGCGGUUUGCUUCGACGCAACAUACCUAACGAAUGAGUACGAGCUCCCGUUUGCGAACUUUGUUGGUGUGAACCACCAUGGGCAAUCGUUGUUGUUGGGAUGUGCUCUUGUUUCACAUGAAGACUGCGAUACGUUUGCGUGGAUAUUUCGACAGUGGCUAGCUUGCAUGAACAAUUGA